UAAAUCCCUGCGGCAAUGGCGGCGCUAUUAAAAUUACAAUCUUUCGUCAUUAUCAUCGUUUGUUUUCAUCCGAGGUCUUCUCACGGCUUUACACUGCCGUAUGAUGGAGUUAAAAUAGUUACGUACGGCGAGCCGUGUCAUCUACCGCGUUAUCUGCCUGUCACAAUCGAGGAACCCGCCGAGCCUGUGACAGAAUUGGUCUUACCGGAUAAGCCUUGCGCCUAUCGUCCGCUGAAAUUAAAUUAUCGAGUGAUCGCCACUGAACCGAUCCCUGAGCAGCCGUACGCGGAAUAUCCAGUUGCCGUGGAAGUACCUCAGGCUCCUCAACCUACUCAGCUUUUGGAAAUAAUCACGCCUGACCCUCUUCGAGGAAAAUCCUACGCGUACAACGUCCAGACUCCACUAUCUCCACCCGCGGAGCCGAUCUCGAGGACAUACGAUAUUGAUUUUCAAAUACCGUCUUUACCAAUUUCCCAAGAGGUACCAACACCACAAUCCGUUAAACUUUUGACUGGCCUUACUAGCAAAAUUGACAAGGUCCUGAUUCCUGCCUGCCAAAAUCAAGGGCCAUCUUCUAGCUGCUGUAACACUGACACGGCACGAAAUUACUACUUCCAGUAACGCGGUAUCUCUCGCCCUAAGCUUGAGAGAUACGUAGUAUUCAACAGACAAGAUGACAAAUAAAAAUAAAUAAAAAAAUUUUUAUAAAA